GUUAAAGGGUUCUGUGAAGGAUGAAUAUGCAACCGGCUGUCCAUUCCAAAUCAUCUGCCAAUGGAUUUGGCCGUCGCAGAGGCGAAAGCGAUGUGGGGACCAGGCUGGAGAACAGGUCACAGAGUGGGAAGUCAAAUUCCAAUAACAGAUUAACAUCUACUGGGAGCAAAACUGGUGGCCAUGGGAGUCCUUCGCAUGAUCGCUUAGUAUAUAUAACUACUUGUUUCGUUGGUCAGCAUGUGGAUGUCCAUGUGCAAAAUGGAUCCAUAUAUUCUAGAAUAUUUCAUGCAGCAAACGAAAAAGAUUUUGGAAUUAUAUUGAAGAUGGCUCGCUUGACAAAAGAUGGUAGCUCUCGAGGACAAAAGUCUCCCGCGGAGUCAGUUAGCAAGCCUCCCGCAAAGACAUUGAUUAUACCUUCUAAAAAACUUGUGCAAGUUAUAGCAAAGGAUGUUUCUGUUACAAGUGAGGGGUUUUUAGAUGAGGCUCAAUGUGAAAAACAGCAAGAACUUAUGAUAGAUUCUGUCAUAUCGCAAUCUCGCCAUGUUGAGUUGGAGAGAGAACUUGAGCCAUGGGUCCCUGACGAAGAUGAUCCGCAAUGCCCUGAAUUAGAGAAUAUUUUUGAUGGCCAUUGGAAUAGGGGAUGGGACCAGUUUACAGUAAAUGAAGCAUUGUUUGGAGUUAAAAGCACAUUUGAUGAGGAACCUUACACCACAAAGCUUGAGAGAGGUCCUAAGACUCGAGAGUUGGAAAAGGAAGCUCAAAGAAUUGCAAGAGAAAUUGAGGGUGAGGACACUCGUGAUCUUCAUUUAGCAGAGGAAAGAGGCUUUCAACUCAGUGGCAAUUUAGAUAUUGAUGAGGAGACAAGAUUCUCUUCUGUCUAUCAUGGUAAGAUAGCUGAUGACAGUGGUUAUGAUGAGGACGUAUUGGUGGAUUCACAUAAUAAUGAUACCUUUGGAGAUUCCUCUACCUCUGGAAUUUAUAGUUCAGCUGACUGGAACAAAGGAAAAAGUAAUGAUGUGGCUCGAGCUUCAUCAAGUUCUUGUGCUAUGGAUCAAGCACAGUCUUUGCAUUCAAGUGUUGGUGUGGAUUUAAGCAGGUCUGGUUCCUAUGAUCAUGCUGGGCAGCUGGCAUCAGAACCACCUUUUAAAAGCUCUUCCGCUACAACCAGUGAAAGCAGGAUCUUGGAUAAUCAACUUUGCGAACAUGGAGGGAGUGUGAAAGAGUAUUCAGAAAAACAGGCUACUUUUGCUCUAGAUGGUGAAACUGAUCUAAAGACCAGGUUUAUUCCCUCAGCUUGCAUGGGGAUUGAUCUAGAAGUCUUGCACAAAAUCAAGGGUGUGAUUGAGUGCCCUGUUCCUGACAAGGACAUUAGAAGAUUUGAUGCAAAUUUACGGUUGUUUCCUCCUUUUAUUGAUAACGAUCUGUGCCCAUUAACCAUUAAAAACACAAUUCUUCAGUCAUGUUACUUGCGGAAUACCGAAUGGGCAUGUGGAGUAGCUGUUUAUACAGGCAAUGAAACCAAGUUGGGUAUGAGUAGGGGCAUACCUGAACCAAAGCUUACAGCUAUGGAUGCUAUGAUUGACAAGUUGACUGGAGCUAUAUUUGUUUUUCAAAUUUUCGUUGUUAUGGUUCAUUUAAUCUCUUCCUUGAUGCAACAUCUGAUUGUUGGAAGCUGUUUUGUGAAAUUUGCAACAACUAUUGAAGCCGACAAGGCCAUCGCAGCUCUAAACAAUCAACAUUUUUUUCCUAGGGAACAAAUGCCUAUUACGGUUAAGUAUGCAGGCAAGCCAGACAGAGAAAGAGAACGUCAUGGUAUAUUUCUGAUCUUCGAGGCAGUGCCUUUUGAACUCCCUCUUGUAGUUGCAUCUAGUCAAUUUCUAGGCAUCAGAUGUCACGUUGGCAACAACUUUUGUCUAGCUCAUAACUUUAUCUAUGUUAUCUUAAUGAAAUGUUUAAUGCAGCCUCUACCAACUGGAAGCAGUUCUCGGGAAGUUGCUUACAAUAUUCCCAGAGCUGCAGUGCCUGCAAAUCCUCAGAUGCCUGAACUUCCAGAAUGUGAUUGGAGUGAGCAUACCUGCCCUGAUGGGCAUAAGUAUUAUUAUAAUUGUGUCACUCGUGAAAGGUUGUGGGACAAGCCCAAGGAAUAUGGUUUGUUUGAGGAACAGUUAAAGAAUGAGAGACAGCAGCAAACUAUUGCCCACAAGCUUCAGUCUUCUUCCUUGGUUCUCUCUAAACAGCAACCUGCUCAAACACAAGAAAUUCAUUGCCAAACUCAUGUUGACCAUCAAAAUCUCCAACUAGAAAAACCUGCUCUAUCUGCGCCGGUGCAUAUUACUGUUUUCUUUAUCUUCCAUUUUCAGUAACUUUUCUGUUGAUUUAUGAAUGCGACUUUGGUGCCAUGAAAAGACUUCUGUUAAAUAAUAUUUUUUCCCAUCUCAUAUGCAUAGCAAUGACAAUGUGAC